AUGAGCGACGGUGGGAAUAAUUUCGAGGUCUUUAGAGAAUGUGUCUCCGGAGUCAUAGUGCAAAAAUCUCAAGGAGGCCGCAAGAAUUCCGGGAAACGUAGGCUCAAGGGCAAGAAGCGAGGCGACAUAACAAAGACCAGUAAGGAUGAACAGAGUUCUGGUGGUUUAGAGAAACAAGAUCCAGAAGAGCUCGCUGAAUUUAUCGAUUUCAUUGUCUCGGAAGUCUUUCAUGCAUUGCCAGAGACAGUACAGACUCUGUCUUACUCGAAAAUCCAAAACGAUGCAUCGUUGGCAAGUCGAUACAGCGAUGCCACAGAACUGACCGAUUCCGACAUGGAGACUCUGACGGCGACCAUCCCAGUCUCGGUCUCGGAAUCACUGUCAGUAUACGGCAUUCUCCCAGAGUCAAUGGACAUCACAGCAGCUUUCCUCCGCCCAGUACUCACAGACUACAUCACGUCUGUAACCGCUGCUCCUCCAGCAUGGGCUACUACCAAGACAGAAGCUUGCGAGAUUUGCGAACGGGACUGGAUCCCUCUAUCUUAUCACCAUCUCAUCCCUCGAGAAGUGCACACCAAAGCGCUCAAACGUGGCUGGCAUGAAGAGUUUAUGUUGAAUAGUGUGGCAUGGUUGUGUCGUGCUUGUCAUAACUUUGUUCAUAAGAUGGCGAGUAAUGAGGAGUUGGCGCGCGAGUAUUAUACUAUUGAUCGCAUCUUGGAACGAGAUGAUGUGCAGGAUUGGGCGAAGUGGGUUGGGAGAGUGCGAUGGAAGGCUCGGUAGUUUCAUUGUUCUGAUGUGAAUACAUAUUCAAACAAGCCAACAGCAAGGUGUUAGAGAGUAUGGCUUUGCAAUAAUGUCAAGAGUGUCAUGUGAAGUGGUUGUGAAGGC